GGGAGUGUGUGUGUGCCGGCCGUGUGCAGUGUUAUAUAGUGCAAAACCCAAUCAAAAAGUGGAUUUACGUGCAUAAAUUGUGAUAUGAGUGGAUUUCUGGAUUAUUUACUGCUGCACCCAUGGAAGGAUCGCUUGUGUCGAGGAGCGCGGGCUGCGUGGGCGUGAUAGAGCGGGCGGCGGGGGCGCUCUAGUCCCGCCCCUGACACUACGCCACCAGCCGGAGAGGCCUUGUCAGUGCUGCAACAGUGAGCGGGCGUUAGCAGUGCCGUGGAGUCUGUGUGAGGCCCCUUUAGGGCGGCCCCAUAGUGUGGUGCGAUCAAUGUGGUGGUGGGCAGUGUGGUAGUGUGGUGGUGGCCGUGGUGACGGAGUGGUGAGCGAGUGUGGUGGUGCGUGCGCAGUGAUGCACCGACAUGAUGUGUGAGCAGUGCCGCCUCGGGGAGGAGGAGGGGGACGUCGGCGACCCCUCCAGUCCUGCUGUCCCCGUGCCGCCCUCCUGCUACUGCUGCCGGGGACGUCUACGGGACACAGCCACGCCGCCGCCGCCGCUGCUCAGUACCAGACGAGCAGAGGCGAGAGUGGUUAGUGCAGUGAUCAGUGGGAGAGAGCAGUGUGGGGCCCCGGUUGGUGAAAGAACAGUGAGAGCCCCGGGCAGGACUCAGACGCGGGCGGCCAUGUUGGGACUCCUACUGGCCUUCGCCCUCUGUCCCGCCACCUGCGAGUACGUGCGGGAAUUCGAGGUGUCGGAGGGCGUGGCAAUAGGAACCAAUAUCGGUUACAUCGGCGACAGUAACCCCGGACAACCGCUGCCGCCGCCGCCGCCAUACCUGAUAGUUCCAGUGCCGGGCAGCGCAGUGGACUCGGAUCUUAGAAUUGAGCAGGACACGGGCGAGAUUAAGACCAAGGUGGUGCUGGACCGGGAGCUGAGAUCCUCUUACUCUCUGGUGGCCAUCCCGCACUCCGGGGAAAACAUCAGAGUACUCAUCAAGGUCAAAGAUGAGAACGACAACGCCCCGACCUUCCCUUCAGCCGUCAUGAACAUCGAAUUCCCAGAGAACACUCCACGCGACGUGAAGCGCACGCUGGCGCCGGCCCGGGACAAAGACCUGGGCAUCUUCAACACCCAGCGUUAUCGUAUUGUCUCUGGCAACGUCAACAACGCCUUCCGUCUCUCCUCACACCGCGAGAGGGACAGUGUUCUCUAUCUCGACCUCCAGAUCAACGGGUUUCUAGAUCGGGAGACCACAGCGUUUUAUUCAUUGUUAAUUGAGGCUUGGGAUGGUGGCUCGCCACCUCUGAAGGGCUCCAUGACUGUCAACAUCACCAUACAAGACGUCAAUGACAAUCAGCCCAUAUUCAACCAGAGUCGUUACUUCGCUACCGUGCCGGAAAACGCGACAAUUGGUACCUCGGUGUUGCAGGUGUUGGCUACCGACACCGACGCUGGGGAUAACGGGAAAAUCACCUACUCCAUCAAUCGUCGCCAGAGUGACCGCGAGAACAUGUUCCAGAUCGACCCCAAGUCUGGAGUCAUCUCUGUCAACCGGCCUCUGGAUUUUGAGACAAAGGAGGUGCAUGAACUGGUGGUGGUUGCCCGUGACAACGGCGACCAGCCCCUGGAGACCACCGCCUUCGUCUCCAUCCGCGUCAUUGAUGUCAACGACAACCAGCCAACCAUCAACCUUAUCUUCCUCUCCGACGAUGCAACGCCCAAGAUUUCUGAAGAUGCGCAACCCGGCGAGUUCGUGGCGCGGAUUUCCGUCAACGAUCCCGACUCUAAAGAGGAGUACGCUAACGUGAGUGUGACUUUAGAAGGGGGCGAAGGCCACUUCGAACUCACCACUCAGGACAGCAUUAUCUACCUGAUGGUGGUUUCGCGGCCGUUAGAUCGCGAAUUGAAGCCCAAUUACACCCUGGUGGUGUUCGCCACGGAUAUGGGCACUCCGCCACUCCACGCAUCUCGCAAGUUCGACCUACAAGUAACGGACAUGAACGAUAAUGCUCCCGAGUUUGACCAGACUGUGUACUACGCUAAUGUGCUGGAGGUAGCCGACCCGGGUACCUCCGUCUUCCAACUGUCAGCGUUAGAUCGAGACGAAGGGAACAAUUCCGUGAUCACUUACUCGAUUCGAGACACACCUGAGACUCACUCGAACUGGUUUCAGAUAGACUCUCGGACAGGUCUGAUCACGACACGGACUCACGUGGACUGCGAAACGGAACCGGUGCCGCAGAUCACGGUCAUAGCCACGGAUUCUGGGUCACCUGCUUUGUCCUCCUCCGCGACGGUCAAGGUCACUAUCCGAGACGUCAACGACAACGAGCCCAUCUUCGACCAGAGCUUCUACAACGUCUCCGUUCAGGAGUCGGAAGCCGUGGCCAACUGCAUAUUAAAGGUGUCGGCGACGGACCCGGACUGCGGAGUGAACGCCAUGGUUAACUACACUAUAGGCGACGGCUUCAAGCGCUUCAAGGAGUUCGAGAUCAGACCUGUGACGGGCGACAUCUGCAUCUCCGGCCAGCUGGACCACGAGACCAGAUCUGUCUACGAGUUCCCCGUCGUCGCCACGGAUAGAGGCGGCUUGAGCACGACCGCUGCUGUCAAGAUCCAGCUGCUGGAUGUGAACGACAACAGACCCACCUUCUACCCCCAGCAGUACAAUGUCUCCCUCCGCGAGCAGCACAAGUCCUCCUCCUCCCCCGUCGUGGUCGUCGUCGCCACGGACAAGGACGCCGGCAUCUACGGACAGGUGACGUACGAGAUCGUGGGAGGCAACGACGCUGGCAUCUUCCGCAUCAACGGCAAGACCGGGGAGAUCUUCGUCAACGAGCCCCUCUCCAAGGCCACCCCCAUGUACCACAUUAACGUGUCGGCCCGCGACGGUGCUGGCCUCAGGUCUGUGGUGGACGCAGAGGUUGCCAUCUCGGUCAUCGACACCAACCAGGAGCCGCCCAUCUUCGAGAAGCCUCGUUAUACCUUCGGCGCCAACGAGAGCGUCCCCCAGGGCUCCGUCGUCGGCACUGUCACCGCCACCUCCAGCGGCAGGGGAGGAGGGGAGGUGCGCUACAACAUAUACUCUGGCGACCCCAACGGGUACUUCAGCAUAGACAGUCUGAGUGGCAUGCUGAGCACAGCCUCGUCCCUCGACCAUGAGUCUCACCCCUUUGUCCUUCUCAAUGUGUUGGCUACCGCGGGGAACCCACCCACCUACGGCCACACCCAGGUCAACAUCAGUAUUUACGACGUGAACGACAAUGCGCCGGAGUUCGACGUUCAUUCUGUGAAGAUCUCUGUGCGGGAGAACGCGGUCCUCAACGAGGCCAUCUACGCUGCUCACGCCACCGACCACGACUCUGGCGACAACGGCGUCGUCACCUACAGCCUCGUCCAGAACCCAGGGGGAAUGUUUCUCAUAGACGAGAAUCAAGGUAUUCUGAUGCUGGCGGAGGAACUGGACUAUGAAGACGUGCAGAAAUACACGCUAGUGAUCGGGGCGCAGGACAAGGGCGACCCUCGUCUCUCCUCCAACCUGACGGUGAACCUGGAGGUGCAGGACGUCAACGACAACCCGCCGGUCUUCGACAAGACCUCGUACGUGGUGAGCGUGCUGGAGUCGCUGCCGGCCAACUCCCAGUUCCUGCAGGUGACAGCUCUCGACCUGGACACGGGCAACAACGCCAGGCUCACCUACACCAUCAGAGAGAAGGAAUUUGAGAAUGUCUUCGGGAUCUUCCCAAACUCCGGCUCUCUCUACCUGAAGGAGGUGUUGGACCGGGAGACCCGGGACCGGUACGUGUUGACGGUGGUAGCCACGGACAACGGGACGCCUGUCUCCACCGCCUCCACCACCGUCACCAUCAACGUCCUCGAUGCCAACGACAACACCCCGGCCUUCUCCAGACAGGUGUACGAGUUCACGGUGGAGGAGAACCUGGACUCCGGGGCGGUGGUGGGGAGGGUGCUGGCCGAAGACAGGGACCUGGGGAACAACGCCUCCCUCAGGUUCUCCCUCACGCCCUCCGACGGCUCCUUCCAGAUCAACCCCGUCACUGGAGAGAUCGUGACCAGGGUGGCCCUGGACCGGGAGCUGAAGGCUGUAUACGAAGUUACGGCCGAGGUACACGAUGAGGGGCGGCCGCCGCGUCACGCCCGCGCCACCGUCAGAGUCCUGGUCACCGACGUCAACGACAACUCUCCGACCUUCAUCGAGCCUCGGGAGCCCUCCGUUAGCGUGAGGGAGGAGCAGCCAGCCGGCACCGAGGUCCUGCAGGUACGGGCGACUGAUCGAGACGAGGGCAACAACGCCUCCAUCACCUACUCCUUCAUGACCAGUGAUGACAAUGAUGACGAUGCCGCCUUCAAUAUCAACCCAGCUACUGGUGUCAUCACCACCACCAAGGUUCUGGACCACGAGGUCAAGCAGGUGUAUCGUGUGACGGUGCUGGCCACUGACCAAGGCAAUCCGCCCAAGAACGUCACCAAGGUCAUACAGAUUGAGGUUUUGGAUCUGAACGACAAUCGGCCCACCUUCCCUGCGUCGUCCAUGGUGUUCAAGGUGAAGGAGGGGGUGAAGGUGGGCGAGGAAGUGGGUUCAGUCAUCGCAGUAGACAGAGAUGGUGGUGAAAAUGGUCGUGUCACUUAUACCAUUCUUACUGGCAACACUUAUGGCACUUUCGAUAUUAACAAAACCACAGGACAGAUGUUCACAGCUAAACAGGUCGACUACGAAAUGGCUAGCGAGUAUAUGCUGCAGGUUAAAGCUGUUGACUCCUCAGCAACCAACCCCCAAAGCUCUAUCAUCAACGUGAAGAUAGAAGUUCAGGAUGAGAACGAUCAGUCCCCCAUCUUCAAGGACGAUCCCAUCAUCUUCUCCAUCAGUGAGAACACUGCCAUUGGUACGCCUGUGUGGAACUUCACAGCCACCGACCUGGACUCUGGUGACAACGGCUAUGUGCAGUACUCGCUGACUCAACAGAGACCCAAAAAGGUGUUCAAGUUGGACUCAACGACUGGGAUGCUGACACUGAUGGCACCAUUGGACCAUGAGGAGCAUCGGGAAUAUACGCUGGUGGUGACGGCUGCCGAUCAGCCCCGGGACGAAUCUCGCCGCCGUCAGGCCUCCGUCACAUGCCGAAUUCUCAUUGAAGACUAUAAUGACAAUUCUCCCAAAUUUGUAUCGAGGGGGCGAGUAGACAUAAUGGAAGACGAGCCUCGUGGCUACCCAGUCCUACAUGUCAUCGCCACAGAUGAAGACUCCCGUGAUAAUGGCCGUGUCACAUACAUUGUCAGCUCUGGUAAUGAAGAUGGCAGCUUUGCUCUAGACUAUGAAACAGGAGUGUUAAGUAUAGUGAAAACACUGGAUCGUGAACGUGCCACUCAGUACCGCCUUAAUGUGACUGCCAGUGACCAUGGCCAACCACCACGCUCUGCCAUGCAAGUCAUAGAAGUUUUCAUUGAAGAUGUCAAUGAUAACCCUCCCAAGUUCAGUCAGCCAGUGUACCGUGCCAAUGUGUCUGAGGGAGCUCCACCUGGCACAUCUGUCAUCCGUGUGACUGCAUCAGACCGAGACUAUGGCACCAACAGCAAUUUAACCUACAUCAUCCCUGCGGGAAUCGGUGACAACAAGUUUCGCAUCAACCCAACCAAUGGAGCCAUUCAUACAGUGGCCACACUGGACCGUGAAGAGAAAGACCAAUACACUUUAACUGUGUACGUACGUGAUGGGUCCUUUCCUGCUCAGUAUGAUACUGCCUCAGUUCUGGUAACGCUCACCGAUGUCAAUGAUCAUGCACCAGAAUUCCGUGAUUCCUGUUACCCCUUGCGAGUGCCUGAGAACACUGACCUUUCUGUCAUCCACACAGUACUGGCCACCGACAGAGAUGCCGGGCUCAACGGCAAAGUAAGAUACUCCAUAACAGAUGGUAACGUCAACAAUAAAUUCAGCAUCGGUUCAUACUCCGGGCAGUUGUCCUCACGACCUCUGGACCGAGAGGCACAUGCCAAGUACUUCCUGGUGAUCACAGCAGAGGACCGAGCCUCAUCGGCACUGCGGGGAAUCUGCAACAUCACCAUCACUGUGGAGGACCAAAACGACAAUGACCCCAAAUUCUCUCAAAACCGAUACACAGCCACACUACAGGAGGAUGCUCUACCAGACACGACAGUGCUCACAGUAAGGGCAGUUGAUGAGGACCAUGGAGAGAAUGCUCGUAUCACCUACUCUCUCAGCAACGAGACCCAGUGGCUCUUCAAGAUAGACAAUGAAACUGGUGUCAUCACUACUGCUGGGUACUUUGACAGGGAGAAGCAGAAUGUGUACACAUUUGAAGUACGGGCAACGGAUGGCGGCCGCUAUGACUCGCGCUCUGAGAAGGCCCAAGUUCAGAUCACCAUCAGCGAUGUGAACGAUAACAAGCCUGUGUUCACCCAGUACCCCUUCACCGUGGAUGUUCCUGUCUACUCCCAGCCUGGCCACCAACUGCUGCAGGUCUCUGCAACAGACAAGGACGAUGGUGUCAAUGCUGACAUCAUCUUCAGUUUGGUGGAUGAAUCAGCCAACAACAAAUUCCGGAUCAACUCAGAGACAGGAAUCGUGACGGCAACGAGCCAGCUAGGAUUGGAGAGUGGCCGUAUUUUCCAUCUGGAAGUAGUGGCUCAGGACCGUGGCCGCCCUCCGCAGUCUUCUACGGGCCUGGUGGAGAUACGGGUAGGAGAUGCCACCUCCACUACCACACUCCAAUUUCCCAAUGCAACCUACUCUGCAGAACUAGGAGAGAAUGCCCCUGCAGGUUCUGACGUGGUGCAGGUAGCUGCCUUCCGCUCUGAUGGUCGCAAGCAGAGGAUAACCUAUAGCUUUGGUUCUGGGAAUGAGGACAACAUCUUUGAGAUCAAUAGCAACAAUGGCCUGAUCCGCGUGAGGGACCCCCGUCGCUUAGACUAUGAGACUGUACCACAGAUGCAGCUCAUCAUUGUGGCACAGGCAGAGGGCGAAACGCCUCUCUAUGCUUAUACCAGUGUCUGGAUUACCCUCAUCGACAUGAAUGACAAUGCCCCGCGCUUCACACAAGACCGCUAUGUAUCGUCAGUGUGGGAGGGAUACAACAAGGGUGCCUAUGUGAUGCAGGUGUCGGCCACAGAUGAUGACACAGGCGUCAAUGCUAACAUAGUCUACCACAUCGUCGAUGGUAACCAUGACAAUGCAUUUGUCAUUGACCCACCCUUCUCUGGAAUCGUCAAGACCAAUAUUGUGCUGGACCGCGAGAUUCGAGAUGCCUACAAGCUGACAAUUAUAGCCACGGACGAGGGGGUGCCUCAACUCACCGGAACCUGCACCCUCAGGAUCAACAUUGUCGAUGCUAAUGACAACCAGCCCACCUUCCCUCCACACUCCAUUGUGCAAGUCUCAGAAGGUGCUGAGGUUGGCACAGUCAUUACCACCAUCACGGCCAAUGAUGUGGACACCAAUCCUGCCAUUACCUAUAACUUUGCUGCUGAUGGCAACCCACACAACAUGUUUAGCAUUGACAAGUUCAGUGGAAAGAUCACCUUGGCCGUGCCACUGGACCAUGAAACUCAAGCACAGUACAUGGUACAGGUGGAAGCAUCGGACACAGCUCACGUCGCUACCACCUCUAUCACUGUGCAGGUGGUGGAUGAGAAUGACAACAGUCCCAUCUUCACUCAACAGGCUUACCAGGUGGCUCUUCCAGAGCUCUCUGUUCCAGGCACUUCUGUCAUUAGGGUUAAUGCAACAGAUGCUGAUGCAGGGUCUAAUGCCAGGGUAACAUACAGCCUAGGGACAUCAUCAGAUAGUGGUUUCUACAUCAGCGAGAGAACAGGUGUCAUCUACACCAACUCUUCUGUGCACUACAACCCUCGUCACCCAGUCAUCCAGUUGGUGGUGACUGCCAGAGAUGGUGGGAGGCCUUCACUCGCUGCAGUUGCUGCCGUCAGGAUACAGGUCACAGAUGUCAAUGACAAUGCUCCCAAGUUCUCCCGUGAAGUUUACACAGCCCAUGUGAGUGAGGACGCACCUCGCGGCCAUCCAGUUACUCGUGUCUCGGCUUCUGACAUGGACGAGUCCCGACACAACCGCAACAUUGACUAUCAACUAGUGGGCGGUAACGAGCUUGGCGCCUUCCAGAUCACUAGCAGCACUGGGGAGAUUCUGUUGGUUAAACCGCUUGACCGAGAGGAGAUUGCCGAGUUUCAUCUAAUCGCCCUGGCCACUGACCGUGGACGCCCUUCCAGGAAUGCCACAGCUGAAGUGAUCAUAACAGUUGAUGAUGUCAAUGACCAUGCUCCAGCCUUUAACCAGAGCGAGUACGCUGUAACUGUCAGUGAAUCCUUGAGCCUUGGUGCUUCAGUCCUGCAGGUGCUGGCCUCUGAUAAUGACACUGGAGACAAUGCACGCAUCAACUAUGACAUAACUUCUGGUAAUGAUCGUCAGGUGUUUGCCCUUGACUCCGAGACAGGUGUGAUUACUCUGCGUGAAGCUUUGGACUAUGACAGUGUGGCCGAAUAUCGUUUCAUCGUCCGGGCUACUGAUAGUAACCGCCAUCAUUCACUGUCUGCUCUUUCUACUGUACACAUCACACUAGAAGAUGAAAAUGACAAUGCCCCACAGUUCCCAGUAGACAAAUAUCUAGAGUUUGUGGCUGAGAAUGCUCCCGUUGGGACCUCAGUGUUCACUGCACAUGCGAAUGACGCUGACAAGGGACAGUAUGGCUCACUCAACUACUCUAUCCCUGGAGGAAAAGAUAUGGAUAAAUUUAGUGUUGACUACAAAACAGGUGUGGUCGUUACCAAGGCAGUGUUUGACUACGAGGCCAAACAAGCUUACUCCUUUUUGCUCCGUGCUAUUGAUGCUGGGGGAAAAUCUUCCGUGGUCACUGUUCAGGUCAACGUAGACAGCCAAGAUGAGUUUGCACCAGAGUUUUUGGAACGUAACUACUAUUUUGCUAUACCAGCCAACAUGGAAGUUGGGAUGGUAGUUGGUCGUGUAGAAGCCACAGACAAAGACGAAGGGCCUGAUGGUCGAGUUUUCUAUUCACUACGUACAUCAUCUAACACAUUUAAGAUCAAUCGAACAUCAGGAGAGAUUACAGUGCGACGUGCUGGUGCCCAGGAAGAAGGGCUGACACGGUUGGAAGUGGUUGCUACAUCAGGAUUAGUGGGGUCCCUACGUGCUGUGGCAGUGGCCGAGGUGAGUGUUGGAGGAAAGAAUGGGACCUGGAAUAAUACAACACCAUCAACUGCAGGUGGUCAGGACUCUGGGGGUCUUGCUACCUGGGCCAUUGGCCUGCUUAUAGCACUCAUAUUCUUGGUACUCAUAUUUGGAGGGGCAUUUUUGUUUCUUUACCGACGGAACCUUCGAGCUCGGAAGCCUGCAAUGGCUGAUCAAUUUGAUACCUCAUUUGACACCAUUGACAUUCGGCCUCCUCCUACAGCACCGGCAGAUUUGUCACAAUAUCCACCACGCUAUAAUGACCUACCUCAUUAUGAUCAUCAUGGAGAGCGUAGUCAUCAUCAUGGCAACACUACAUCAGAGAUGAGUGAGCAAAGCCAGAGUGCAAGCAGUGGGCGUGGUAGUGCAGAUGACAAUGAGGAUGUGGAAGAUGAGGAGAUCCGCAUGAUCAAUGAAGGUCCACUUAUUCAGCAACAGAAGCUGCGAGAGAGACUUGGCCUCCCUGACUCGGGUAUCCGUGAUGAUGAUAACAUGAGUGAUGUAUCUGUCCACAACACUCAAGAGUAUCUGGCUAGACUCGGCAUUGACACCACUAAGAGUGAGUCAACGAAAGGAUCGCAAGAUCUGGCACACUCCAUGGAAAGCAUGCACAUGUUUGAUGAUGAAGGUGGAGGAGAGGCAGAUGGCAUGGAUAUUAGUAAUCUCAUUUAUGCCAAACUAAAUGAAGUCACUCCAGAAGAGGAAUCCUCCAUAAUGGAUGGCACCCGAGCAUUUGGGUUUGGGGAUGAGAGCCAGCCCUCCAUGACGGGCUCGCUAAGUUCCAUCGUUCACAGUGAAGAGGAGCUUCAGGGCUCGUACAACUGGGACUACUUGUUGGACUGGGGCCCUCAGUACCAGCCUCUAGCGCAUGUCUUCUCUGAAAUUGCUCGCCUCAAAGAUGACUCGGCGCCCAAUUAUAGCCGAGAGCCAAUGAAAAAGACACUGAACCCACAAGUGAAGACAAUCCCUCCACCACUUCUGACGAGUGUGGCACCGCGCUCAAUUGCCCCUGUGGCACUCAGCUCAGUGCGCACUAGUCAGCUAACACUGCCCUCUCUUCCUCGGUCCCCUAUCAGCCAUGAGUCAUCUUUCACCUCACCUGCCAUGUCCCCCUCCUUCAGCCCCUCCCUUUCUCCUUUGGCCACCCGUUCUCCAUCCAUCUCUCCCUUGAUGACCCCAGGAAGUGUCAGUCAUGCAACUUCUCCUGCAGCUGCUGCUGCUCAGACAUCGGCCACCUCUACUCCACACCAUGGCCGACCAGUUGGUCAGCGGCCAGGCCCAGCGGGGCUUAUGGCUGGGGCUUCAUCGGGCUCAGAAACUGAACUCAGGAUAUAGCCGUCACUAUACCCUCUUUUCUACCACCACCAUCUCUACCACCACCACCUCCAUCACCAUCACCACCACCACCACCAUCCUCACCACCAUAACCACAGCAGUCUGCCUCUGCCCCGACGUCCUCGCUAGAGAGUUGUGUCUCCAGCAGGAGGGCUUGCUCCUGCCUCAACACUCCAGACUUUACUACUCACCUUGUUAGCGGCCAAAUUACGAAUGUGAUAUACAGUAGUUAUUGGUGUGACGUUGCCAAAUGUGCUUAAUCGCAUGGUGCCUUGCGUGAGUGUUUUGUGUAUAUUUGUGAAUAUUUAAGUAUUAGAAUAAAAACUGGCAAGGGACAACUAAGAGCAGUGGUGCAUUUCCCUCCAUUUAGCCCCGACAUAAUAGAAGCUCUUUGAUGAAGUUCAUGGCAGUGUUAUACUGGGGCAUGACAGUAACUACGUGCAACAGUGAGUGCUGUUGAAGGUAAAUGGUGUGAAGCAGUGAGCACUGUUGACGGCAGCAUGCAUGGUGAGAACAAAGCCAGUAAAAAGGAAUUUUGUGUGACUCGGUGCUUAGCUGCCUUGCCAUACCUCACAAAACAGUGCUCGUGUGAUCUCUGCCUGCUCACCACCACCUCAACAACUCAUUAACCAGUGUUGUGUUAAACAGUGCAUGGUUGCCCCCUCGGUCAGCUAAUGACCAAGCCUGGUAAAUUUGGCCAGGAUUAAAAAAAACAUUGCUUACCAGUCAAGUCGUGCUUGAUAACUGCGAAGACUGGUCUGGCUCACAGAGGGCCUGUGAAUGAUGCUUUGUGGUGACUGCUACACACUAGCAUUAGUCAGAUGAACCUUGCAGUGUGUCCAUCCAACUCUUAACCUUGUGCCACAGUGGCUGUGUACUCAAAUUUGUCUUCCAGUGAUAACUCCGUUUGCUGUUUUGAGACAGCUAGUGCAAAUAAAAUAUCAUCAAACAAAAAUAAAGAUAUAACUUAGCAAAGGUGCCUUUUCAAAAAUGAGGGUGCUGACUUUACCACAUCAUGACAUUGUUCACCAAAUGUGCCACAUAAGGAAUGCGGUGCCAUGAGACCUGGCACUGUCAGUGCAGUGCCAAGGUAUAUCACCUAUGACCCUGUGCAACAUGUGUGCCUUUUUUAUACCUGCCUCUCACUAGGACCAGUGCCUCACACUAUGGCUCCCUCCUGGGUACACCUCAUUUUAAUACCUCUGGCUACAAUUGAGCAAAAUUCGUCCCCCAUCUUUUUGCCAGAAAGAAUUUGCUCCCUUGUCCCCUUUCCAAAUUGGGCAAUUUACAACCAUUUCUCAAAAAGAUUACACUAGAUCUCUUUAAUAGUGUUAAUGUAACAUUUGCAUAAUAGAGUACAGGCACGUUGCCACAGUCUACACCAACAUUGGCUAAGACCAACUUUAUUACUCUCAUUAAUAAUAAUAUCAUGCAAUACUCAAUAAUAUACUGUAUUUGAUUUAGGAUACCACCUUCCCCCAUUUCACCACUGAUAUUUGAGAAUCUUGUACCCAUGUCUCUCUUUCAUAUUACCUUGGGAAAAUUAUAGCAGCACAUUGCUAAAUCAGGUGCUCUUUCCAUCCUCUUCUGUUAGGAAUUCCUUCAGUAGUGUCAAAAGUCACCCGCCAGUAUCUUGUGGGGAUCUUCAAUGUGCCAAAAUAUCUUUUGAUAUUUUUCAACAGUUCAAGUACUAUCUCAUGGACAUAGUGGGCAUUGCCUACAGUGGCAAUAUAUGUGCCAAAUCUCCCUCCAUAUCUUACUGCCCUUACCUAUAUUCUCUGCAUCCAGCCCAGUUACUAGAUUAUAGUUAUGAGAAAUAAUCAUGCCAAGUUUUUCCAUCUAGUACACUACACAUACUAAUUAUGUAUGGCUUUUGCAGUGCCAUUUUUUUAAAUGUUAUUUCUGAUUUGCACAGUGACAGUGCCAAAAUCCACACACAAUAUGCUGCUUUGGUUGCUGGGUGCCAGUACCAAACCUUCCCCCUACAUCCCCUGGUCCAAUGGCUGUUACAGUGCCAACCCUCUCCCCACAUACACACACACACACACACACACACACACAGUGCCCUGGUCCGCUGGGUGACAGUGCCAACCCCCAAACACAGUCCAGUUACCAGGUAUUGGUGUCCUGGGCAGUGAUCGUGCCAACUCUCCUACACAACAUCUUCUCAGUCGCCUGUUAACGCGUUGGUCAGUUUUGAAGUUGUACAGAUUGUUAAAUUAUUAAUUAUUACUUCGAAAGUCUGACUCCUAGCCCUCUCAAUACAUUUUUGGGGAGCUGUUAAAUGCAAAAACACAAUAAACUAUAGAUUAUUAAUUAUUUAUAAGUGUUUAAAGAUGUCAAAUUUGUUGUAUUUAUAUAAAAAAAAUAAACUUGUGCAAUGCCAUGUAAGGAUAAGUGUCCGGUUAGACUGUUGAGAUUGUAUACUUCGUAAGUAGGAACCCCAACAUCGGAUAGACCUUACAUGUUUACCAAAGGCCACCCCCGGCUUAAGUGCUACAAGCAAGGCCGUCGCAGUUGGUUCAUUUCCUGUGUGAAAUAUUGAGAUUUUCGCCUACAGUGUCAAGCUGUCAACCUGACACCUUCCCCGCCAAAUCAAAAUGUACCUACUACAUAGCAUCAACCUGUCUGUGGACAGGCAUCUUGUCUCUUCUGUAAAUAGUUUGAUAUGAGCGUUUUCCUCUUUUCUGUACAGUUAAUUUUGUGUACACACAGAAAUUUGUAUAAUUUUGUAUUGUGAUAACGCCUUAUACCUUAAUUAAGGUAUAAACUUUAAUAAAGAAAUAGUUGAUAAA